CAUAGAAUUUUAAUAACGAUGAAAGUGCUGGCGACAAUUACCACGCGGAUGUCAACAUUUCAUGUGGCCAAAAAUAACGUAAUUUAAUCCACAUUCGUCGCGAGUUUCCCAUGAAUUAUUUUAACUAACACAAAAUUAAUUACGUCUGGUGCAAAAACCGUCUAUUUUUGUCCCACGUCUCAAAGGUUCUGUUUAUCAUACACGCGAGUAAAUAUUUUGGAAAUUGUGGGUGAUGAGGCGCGAAAGUUCUUUGAAAAUCACUCAACAACUCGUUUUAACAUGUCAGGAAAAAAUGUACUUUUCUUAAUUUUGAAGAAGUAUCAAUACGUUGCAUAACCAGUCGAAUCUAAUCUUAUCAGGUUACAACAUGAUGUUUUAUUUUAACUAGUUAGGAUUUACUGCACUGUAACAAAAUGGGGUUUUUCAUGGACUGCCGAAAAUGGACGGUUUUAAUCUUCAAUUUAAUUUUCUUGCUUAUAGGAUUAGGUCUUAUCGUUGUGGGCGCCCUUUCUGUACAUAACAUGAACGAUCUAUCCAAGGUCAUACCAUCGUCGUACCACUACUUAUCAGCAACGCCCAUCAUUCUCCUAGUUUUAGGAUCAGUCAUAUCGUUGAUAUCAAUUUUAGGGACAGUAGGGGCAUUCAAGAAAAACCCUUUUCUUCUAAACACAUACACGAUUAUUCUUAUUAUUAUCUUCAUUCUCCAAAUCGCGUUAAGUAUUGCUACUUUUUGGACGGUGAGCAACCAAAAGGACUUGGCAGUCACCAUCAAUGCCACAGUUAACGGUAUUUUCACGAGUUCUCCUAGAGAUCAGGAAGUUAUUGACUUUAUACAAGCCAAACUGGGAUGUUGUGGUGCUUCUGGACCACAAUUUUGGAACAACGCAUAUCCAAAGAGCUGCUACGAAGACGAAAACAAAAAGAAUGUUUACGAAAAUGGGUGUCAAAAUGCAUCAUACGAUUUUCUCUUGAAUAUUAUUCGGAUAAUUGGGACAGUGAUUUUAGCUUUGGCUCCUCUUGAAGUAAUCGGUGCCACUAUCUCUUUGAGUUUAGUAACUGCCAUUAGGAACUACUGGGAAGUAUAUGGAAAGUAUAACUAACAUAGAUGUCUUCAACCAUGUGUUAAACACUCCUUUUUUCAUUUUUAUAAAAUAAGGAAACUUAAAAUCAUUAUUACACACGUGCUAUGGUA